GAGAAGCAAUGUUUGAUUGUUGACCAAUUACUUGGAAGUGCAUUUCCAGGGUAUUUCCAGUGUAGCUCUUCCCUUGUAAGUAAUGUCCACCAGUCAGACACCAUGCCAUACAAUAACUUGAGUCCAGGUAGGAGCAUUGUGCUGAUUACUCCAAAUCACAUUGUUCAUAGCAUAACUGUGUGUGUGUGUGUGUGUGUGUGUGUGUGUGUGUGUGUGUGUGUGUGUGUGUGUGUGUGUGUGUGUGUGUGUGCGCGUGUGUGCAUGUGGGUGUGUGUGCAUGUGCGUUUGUGCGCGUGUGUGUGCAUGUGGUAGACAUUGACCUGGCAGCAUUUCAUAAAAGAAACUCAAGAGGGUGUGCUGCCUUGCUAAACUGCUCACAGUGUUCUUAUCUCUGACAGUAUUUUGCGUCAGCAGAUGUGUGAUUUUGUGAUACACUGCCCAAAUCCACCAAUAUGCCACUGUCAGACUUACUCCAGCUGACUUGUCAUUAACUGAUGCCCAACAUGCCAUUCUGAUCAUGAGUAAUGAGCCACAUCUAUCUUUCAAUCCUAUUAAAUUACGCUUUAGAACCGUGCUCCUUUAAAUGGAGGUUUUGGAGUUAAACACACAGCUGUGCACAAAGUUGAAUGUGAUUGCUGUGCAGGAUCAGCUGGUUCCUAGUUAAACUCGGGUUAAACUGCCUGGAAGCCGGAAGUACGCUGAUUUCGAGUUUUACAUGCAGUCUUAAUGUAACAGUCUUAACGCCUUUCAGGAUCUUGACGGGAUAUUUUUUUAUGACUGCUGUGGCUAAAUGUGCUUUAAUUGCCAAAAAUACGUUGGAAAUGUAAAGUAUGUCAAAUAAAACGCAAAUACUUUUGUGUAAAUCUGAAUCUGCCCUCAUCUUAUCCAGUAGGCUAUUUAUGAAUUUAAAUCAGUAAGUCAAUCAAUUGUCCCGAAUAGAACAUUACAAAGGAGGAGCAAAUGCCAAUGAAGGCUAAUGACCCCCACACAAGAAUCAAUGAGGAUGAUGCUGAUUCAGCAAUAUGGAGUAAAAACUCCAUGCCCAGAUGCACUGACUUACCUGAUGCUCAACCUCACUCACAGACUCACAUAAACGGAAGAGACACUCACAGUUUUGAAACUGCAGAAAUCAUAUCCAUGCAAAAAGAAAUCAACCCUGACUUUGGUGAAUAUGAUGACGAAAGUAUUAAAAGCCACUUGGGAUCCAUUCAACACAACCAAACAAUAUGUGACAUCUGCCUUGGGAAUGUCCACAAUGCUGCAAAGUAUUGUAAGACUUGCAGUGCCUCAUUCUGUGUGAACCACCUGGCUGACCACUAUAAGGCUCAAGCAUUUUCUUCACAUCAAUUAGUUCCUGAACAGACACCAAGAGUGUCACCAGAAAAAAAGAGUUCGCUGAGCAUUUCAGGUCCUCUUGACCUUCCUGAGGUGAGAGUGAUGUUGUUGGGGAAGACUGGGGCAGGAAAGAGUGCAUCAGGAAACAUCAUCCUGGGCAGAGAGGCGUUUAAGUCUGAGAUGUCUGCUUUACCAGUGACCAAAUACUGUGAGAGUCAAAGUGGACUUGCAGCAGGAAGAAACAUCACGAUUAUUGACACACCAGGAAUCCCAUCAGAGAAGGGUUCAUGGCUGUCAGCAAAGAAAAUGAAAGAACUUGUACCCCAUGUUUUCUUAUUGGUGAUUCCACUGAGGAGAAUCGCUGAGGAGGACUGCAAAGAAGUUAACUGGAUUCAAAGCAACUUUGGAGAAGAGGCUCUGAAGUUCACCAUCGCUUUGUUCACUGGAGGAGGCGUGAUGGAUCAAAAUCCUGAAGAAUUUCUAAAUGACAAUUGUGGACUUCAGACUAUUCUUGAUCGUGUGGAGGGUAAACAUCAUGUCUUGAAUGACAACUUUCCAACAGACCAUCAAGUAAAGGGACUCAUCAAGAAGAUUGACCAUACACUGAUGAAGAAUGCAGGUUACGCCAACAACAAUAAAGUGAAACUAAAGAUGAAGACAGCUGUAAAACAAGAGGAGGAAAGGAAAGCACGAAAACAGAAUCGAGAGCAGAAAUUGAGAGAAAAUAAGGCAAAUAUUCCAGGUAUUCCAUGGAUGUUGCUGAUUGUGCUUGGUGUCACCACGUCACUUCAGACUCUCAGAUUCCACCACAUAACUAAAGGUCCUGUUGACCUUCCUGAGGUGAGUGUGAUGUUGUUGGGGAAGACUGGGGCAGGAAAGAGUGCAUCAGGAAACACCAUCUUGGGCAGAGAGGCGUUUAAGUCUGAGAUGUCUGCUUUACCAGUGGCCGAAUACUGUGAGAGUCAACAUGGAGUUGUGGAAGGAAGAAACAUCACUGUUAUUGACACACCAGGAAUCGCAGUAGAGAAGGGUUCAUGGCUGUCAGAGAAGGCAAAGACAAGUCUAGGACCCCACAUUUUCUUAUUGGUGAUUCACCUGGACAGAUUCGAAGAGGAGAACGACACCACAUUGAAGUGGAUCCAGACUAACUUGGGAGAGGAGGCUCUGAAGUUCACCAUUAUUUUGUUCACGGGAGGAGACCUGAUGGAGACACGUGUGGAGAGAUUUUUGGAAGAGAGCUCUGGACUUAAGACUCUGGUCAGUAGUGCUGGUGGAGGAUAUCACAUCUUCAAAAAUAUAAAUCUAGAAGGGAAGCAACAGGUUAAGGGGCUGCUGGAGAAGAUGGAGGCCAUGCUGAGAUCGAAUGCAGGCUACUCCUAUUCCCGUGGCCUGCGUGAACAGGUGAAAACAACUGUUAGGGAUGAAGAAGACCGGAAGAGGCGGGAGAUGGAAAGAUACUUUCGAGAGGCUGAAAUGGAACAACAAAAGAUGGAGCAGAAGAUUAACAAACAGAUUAAACACGAGAUGACUGCCAUGAUUGCAAAUGCAACCGCUCUUUCUAAUGAAUUAAGGGAGAACAUCACGGCAACAAGAGAGCAGAAUUGGAGGGAUCUGAUCGGGUUUGUUAGUGGAGGUAUAUCACAUGCUAUUUUCUUGAGGAGAGUACAGGAUAUAAAAUGUGAAUAUAAUCUAAAGUGGUUGUUUGUGUGUGUGCUCUCUCUGAGUGGAUUUAUGCAGAAUUAUCUUACUUUUCUGAUUGGGUUCAUAAGUGGUGCAAUUGUGCACACUGGAUUUCCCUUUUUGUGUGCCUGGUUUUCCUACCAUUGAACUAAGGCUUCGACUAGUUGCACUCAGUAAAUUGCAUCUUAGAUUUUUCGUUUGCGAACUUUGCUAAGCCUACUAUGAACUACAUGCACUUUAUUAUUUCAUGUGAAUUUAAAUUGGGACACAGUGGACAGGAUCAGCUACUGUUACUGGUCGGGUUUCCCAAAUUUGUUAAGAAGCUCUUAAGUGCUAAGAACUUCUUAGAAGCGCUCUAAGAACGUUCGAAGAACGCUCCUAUGAAGUUCUUAGUACUUUUCAACGAAUCUGUGUGUUGCUUGGGAGAGCACACUUUCAUAAACACACCUUAUCCACAAGGAGGCGCCAGCUUGCUUCUUUCACCUGAUGGCUACUGUCAUCAGGUGAAACUAUACAAGCCUUGAAGUCUUUUUAAUGAUGGAUGAGUUGGGCUGGAUUUAUUAAGGGGCAUAGCAGUGUUGGUAAUAUGCAAAAACAAAGCUUUUUAAGUGACGCUCCUACGGCUAAAGUUUGUUGAAGCUUUGACACAAUGCACCACAGCCCCAUCUGGUGGUUUAGAUAAACUACUGCAUCAACUAUGUCACCCAGAUAUAUGUAUAAAUCAUUGUCUUCAUUUGUAUUUUAAUUUAACCUUUACGUUUUCUUCAUUUUGUUAAUUUUUUGAUAAAAAAAUAAAUCACAUAAGUUGGCUAUUG